AUGCGUGUUCCUCUGAGAAAUAUGUUAGUAUCGGCGCUGCUCGUUUGGGCGCUUUCAUCUCUAGUUUUAUGCUUAGAUCCGUUUUUAUCCCAAACUCUGAGAGAACAGAUCCUGAAUGAUGAAAUUGCAUUCACCAAGAAGCCCAAUCUAAUCUACGGCUUGGAAAAGAGUAUACCUUCUCAUAUUACUCCCUCUAGAACCACUGAGCAUUUUCCAAAAGAAAAACGCAGUUCAAAUCCAACACCUAAUUCAUCAGACGCUGCCAAUAAUCCGCGUACUAAUAAAAAAACCCAUAAUGCUGCUAAUUCGAUAAGUAUGCCCUAUUUGGAGAACCGUUCCCUGAAUGAGUUAAGCUUAUUAGACAUAUUAAUCGCGGCUGACGUUGAAGGUGGACUUCAUGCUGUUGACAGAAGAAACGGUCAUAUAAUAUGGUCCAUCAGUCCUGAAAAAUUUCAGCCGCUCAUAGAAAUCCAGGAACCUUCAAGAUUAGAAACGUAUGAAACUCUGAUUAUCGAGCCCUGUGGUGAUGGAAACAUUUAUUACUUUAACGCCCACCAAGGAUUGCAAAAACUUCCUUUAUCCAUACGUCAACUGGUUUCAACUUCUCCACUACACUUAAAAACGAACAUUGUGGUUAAUGACUCGGGGAAAAUGGUUGAGGAUGAAAAAGUGUACACUGGAUCGAUGAGAACUAUAAUGUAUACCAUAAAUGUUUUGAAUGGCGAAAUUAUAUCUGCUUUUGGUCCCGGUUCGAGAAACGGAUACUUUGGAAGCCAAAGUAUAGAUUGCUCACCUGAGGAGAAAAUAAAACUUCAAGAGUGUGAAAAUAUGAUUGUAAUUGGUAAAACUAUUUUUGAAUUGGGAAUUCACUCUUAUGAUGGUGCAAGCUACAACGUUACCUAUUCUACAUGGCAACAAAACGUUCUGGAUGUUCCCCUAGCGCUUCAGAAUACAUUCUCUAAAGACGGCAUGUGUAUAGCGCCCUUCCGUGAUAAAUCACUGUUAGCAAGCGAUUCAGAUUUCAGAAUUGCUAGAUGGGUUUCCCCGACAUUCCCCGGAAUUAUUGUAGGCCUUUUUGAUGUGUUUAAUGACCUUCGCUCUAAUGAAAAUAUACUGGUACCCCAUCCCUUCAAUCCUGUUGAUUUUGAAAGUGUAUCAAGCAACAAGGUUUAUCUGGAUCAAACAUCAAACCUUUCUUGGUUCGCACUAUCUAGUCAGAAUUUCCCCUCAUUAGUUGAAUCAGCCCCUAAAUCGAGAUAUGCUUCCAGUGAUCGUUGGAGAGUAUCUUCAAUCUUUGAGGAUGAAACUUUAUUUAAGAAUGCAAUUAUGGGGGUUCAUCAGAUAUUUGGCAAUGAAUAUGACUACCUGUAUGAAAACUAUGGAAAGCCGAAUACUUUGGACACCACGCCAAAACAUCCGCCUUUAAUGAUAGAUUCAUCCGUUGAUACGACCGACUUGCAUCAGAACAGGGACAUCAAUUCAUUAAACGAAUAUAUGUCAACAGAAGAUCUUGAAGCAUAUAGAGAAAAAGUCCACGAACAAAUAUCGAGAGAGCUAAGGAGAAAAAGUCAAAAUUCUUUGCUAUUGAAAGUUGGAAGCCUAGCUUACCGGAUCAUAGAGACAGGCGUGUUUUUAUUAAUGUUUCUCACUUUUUGUGCUAUUUUGCAGAGAUUCCAAAUUUUGCCGCCAUUAUAUGUAGUGUUAUCAAGAAUAGGGUUCACACCUGAAAGAGAAGUUCCAAUAGUUGAAGAGAAAAUAUUGAAUGGUUCUGUGGAACCAGGAAAUACAGUUAACUCACUUGAUCUAAAAUCGGGAAAACAGGUUCUUUUUAAGGGUGCGUUAAAUGACGGAGGCUUAAAAUCAGAAAACGAUAACGAUGAUGGUGAUGAUGAUGAUGAUGACGAUGAAAAAUCACUAGAUUUAACCUUAGAAAAGAAAAAGAGAAAAAGAGGUUCGAGAGGGGGUAAAAAGGCCAGGAAAUCACGCAUUGCAAAUAUACCAAACUUCGAGCAGUCUUUAAAAAAUUUAGUAGUUUCAGAAAAAAUUUUAGGUUAUGGUUCGUCAGGAACGGUAGUAUUCCAGGGCAGUUUCCAAGGCAGACCCGUUGCGGUGAAAAGAAUGUUAAUUGAUUUUUGUGACAUAGCUUUGAUGGAAAUAAAACUUCUGACAGAAAGCGAUGAUCACCCAAACGUUAUACGAUAUUACUGUUCAGAAACAACGGAUAGAUUUUUGUAUAUUGCUCUAGAACUUUGCAAUUUAAACUUACAAGAUCUCGUUGAAUCUAAGAACGUAUCAGAUGAGAAUUUAAAAUUACAAAAAGAGUACAAUCCAAUUUCAUUAUUGAGGCAAAUAGCGGCCGGAGUCGCUCAUCUACACUCUCUGAAAAUUAUUCACCGAGAUUUAAAACCUCAGAAUAUUCUUGUUUCUGCAUCGAAUAGGUUUACUGCAGACCAGCAAACAGGAGUUGAAAAUCUCAGAAUUUUAAUAUCAGACUUCGGUCUAUGCAAAAAACUAGAUUCUGGUCAAUCAUCUUUUAGAACAAAUUUGAAUAAUCCUUCUGGAACAAGUGGAUGGAGGGCUCCUGAAUUACUCGACGAGUCAAAUAAUUCACAAUACCAAAUUGAAACCGAGCAUUCCUCUAGUAGACACACGGUAAUUUCAUCCGAUUCCUUUUAUGACCCAUUUACCAAAAGGAGGUUGACAAGGUCUAUCGAUAUUUUUUCGAUGGGAUGUGUCUUCUAUUAUAUUCUAUCUAAAGGAAAGCAUCCAUUUGGAGAUAAAUACUCCCGUGAGAGCAAUAUAAUAAGAGGAAUAUUUAGCCUUGAUGAAAUGAAAUGUCUCCAUGAUAGGUCUUUAGUUGCUGAGGCUACAGAUUUGAUCUCACAGAUGAUUAAUCAUGAUCUACUUAAAAGACCGACCGCUAUGAAAGUUUUAAGGCAUCCGCUGUUUUGGCCCAAAUCAAAAAAACUGGAAUUUCUUUUAAAAGUCAGUGAUAGACUUGAAGUUGAAAAUAAGGAUCCUGCGAGUGACCUGCUGCUGAAAUUUGAUGCUGCAUCCAAUUUUGUAAUACCUAAUGGAGAUUGGACCGUUAAGUUUGAUAAAACUUUCAUGGACAACCUUGAAAAGUACAGAAAAUACCAAUCGUCAAAGUUAAUGGAUUUAUUGAGAGCGCUUAGGAACAAGUACCAUCAUUUCAUGGAUUUGCCUGAAGAUAUAGCAGAACUGAUGGGGCCGGUACCCGAUGGAUUUUACGAUUACUUCACCAAGCGCUUCCCAAACCUACUGAUAGGUAUUUAUAUGAUUGUUAAGGAGAACUUGGGUGAUGACCAAAUUUUGCGCGAAUUUUUGUAUUCAUGA